GCAGCAGCAGCAGCAGGAGGAGGAGCCCCCUGCACAGGAGGAAGGUGAGCGACAGAUCAGAGUGCGGGGGGCUCCGGGACCGGGACCCCGGGCAGGGCGGUGGGUGUCUGAGACAGGGACCUGGCUCUGGCAGGACACGUCCCCUUUAAGCUGUUACCACGGCGCAGCGCCUGUGUGGGCGGAGCCGAGCGCUGGGGCGGGUGAGGAAGUGAGCGCGGCGGCUCCUGCCAGGUCCCUGGCUCCAGCCUCCGCCUGUGCGACCCCGCGCCCCACGGUGUGUCCCCGCUGCGCUGCAGCGCACAGGGGCGCACUCGGUCCCAGCAGCGCAGGGGGGCUGCCCCUCUCCGCGCAGGGAUCCCGCGCUGCCUGGCUGACCCCAGCGUCUCUGCUUCCCCCCCUCUGCACCUCUGUCAUGAACAGGACGCAGCUAAAGCGCUCUGGGAUCCUCAGGAUGGCUCUGAGCGGCUCCUCUGACUCCCUGCUGCAGCAGGAGGAGGGUGGCAGCAGCAGCAGGGAGACCCCCUUCCUGUUGAAGGCUGUCCAGAUCGCCUUGGUAGUCUCUCUCUACUGGUUCAUCUCCAUCACCAUGGUCUUCCUCAACAAGUACCUCCUGGACAGCCCCUCGCUGCGCCUCGACACCCCGCUCUUUGUCACCUUCUAUCAGUGUGCUGUCACCGUCUUCUUCUGCAAAGCCCUCAGCCUGCUGGCCUCCUGCUGCCCACUGGGCUUCCUGGACUUCCCCUCCAUCCGCAUGGACCUCAAGGUGUCCCGCAGCAUCCUCCCCCUCUCUGUGGUCUUCAUCAGCAUGAUCACCUUCAACAACCUGUGCCUCAAAUAUGUUGGUGUGGCCUUCUACAACGUGGGGCGCUCGCUCACCACUGUCUUCAAUGUUCUGCUCUCCUAUCUGCUCCUCAAGCAAACCACCUCUCUGUAUGCCCUGAUAACCUGUGGGGUCAUUAUAGGUGGGUUCUGGCUGGGAAUAGACCAAGAGGGAGCAGAAGGCACUCUGUCAUGGGUCGGCAUAAUCUUUGGGAUCCUGGCAAGUCUCUGUGUCUCACUCAAUGCCAUCUACACCAAGAAAGUGCUGCCCGCCGUGGAUGGCAGCAUCUGGCGCCUGACCUUCUACAACAAUAUGAACGCUUGUGUUCUAUUCUUGCCCCUCAUGCUGCUGCUCGGUGAGUUCCACACCCUCUACCAUUUUGACAAGCUGGGGAACCCUGGUUUCUGGGGCAUGAUGACCCUGGGAGGAGUGCUCGGCUUUGCAAUCGGUUACGUGACGGGACUCCAGAUCAAGUUCACCAGCCCACUCACCCACAAUGUGUCUGGGACGGCCAAGGCCUGUGCCCAGACAGUGCUGGCUGUCUGCUACUAUGAGGAGACCAAAAGCUUCCUGUGGUGGACGAGCAACAUGAUGGUUCUGGGAGGCUCCUUUGCCUACACGUGGGUGAAAGGGCUGGAGAUGAAGAAGGCACAGGAGGAAUCCACUCCAAAAACAGGCGAGAAAAAUGAGACUGGCGUCUAGGCCAGCUCCAGUCUGCACCUCUGCUGCUGUGCCUAUGGAGUGGAGCUUCAAUGGGAAAGAAGCCAGGAUCAGAAACCUUCAGGGCAGGAAAACAUUGAACUAUGCAGUGCAUAGGAAGGGGUGUCGAGAGUGAAACCAAAGGUGUCCUGUGUAUACAGUGCGUUUACUAAAAUUGUGAUGGGGAGGAGAAUGUUACUUCCUUUGGAUUUCACCCUGUUUCUUGAACAGGAGAGGGCAUUUGUUGAUGGGACUAGGGUGUAUUAAGGGAACCUUCUGUCAGUACUGGGGCUUUUUUAAACUGCUGCUACCUUUUAAACACCAUAGGGACACCGAACUGCUCCCCUGGUGAUGGAGAGGGAAAAGGGCAUGAGGUGUGUGUAACUGGGAACAGAUAAUGGCUACUUCUAGAUUAGCCACGAAUUGAAGUGGUGAGAUCUUGCACCUAAAUGUAGGGGAGGGACAGGUAGCCAGACUUUCCAUGCUACUCCUGCCUCCUAUUAUAAGUAAGGUUAAGAUUUUGGCACAGUUAUUUUUAGUAAAAGUCACAGGUCGUAGGUUUCCGUAAAUUUGUGUUUAUUGCGCACGACCUGUCUGUGACUUUUACUAAAAAUAAUGGGAGGGCAAAUAGGGGAUGACUGAAGCCUGGGGGUGGGGAUGGAGAACGAGAGCCUGAGCACUGCUGCAGGGAAGCAGGACAGCACCUGCCGCCUGAGGGCCAAGCCCUCCCCCCGGCAGCUGAGGGCUGUGGGGGAGGGGAGACACGGCGGCUGAUAGCUCUGGCCCCACCACCCUGGGCUGAGGCAGAAAAUGUCAUAGAGGUCUCCGGAAGUCACGGAAUCUGUGACUUCCGUGACCUCUGUGACAUAACCUAGCUUUAAUUAUAAAUGAAAAUGGAUGUCCUUCUUGUUCCUACACCAUUGCAAUAUACACUUGGAAAUCCCCUCACCAACAGUUCUGGGACCUCUAAAUUGCCUGUCCAAGGACACAGUAUUUCCUGGUGUGGAUCCUUCAAGGUUGUAUGUUAACUCUGUUUUUCUCCCACGCCCAAGGGGUUUGCUUGUCCAAUAAAUGACUAAAAGGAUGGGAAAGGAUUUUUAUCAGACUUCCAAAAGCUAGCAACAUUCCUUGUGUUGGGCAGGGGAGUGGUGCUGGCCCUUUCACAUAAUAUUGCUGGGUCCUUCCUUUACUGGGUACCUGGGACUCUGCCUUGGUGAAAGAGGAGCUGGCUCUCUUUUCUUGUGGGUUUCUGAACCAUUUGCUCUUCUGGGGUGAGUACCCCAUAAUAAUGAAUUGGGGAAUUCAAGACAUUUCUCAUUGGCCUUCUGUAUUAGGGAUAGAGUUGCCUUUCUGGCAAUAAUGCUCUCAUAAUUAGGCCAGUUCCAGGGUGUAUUGCUCUCUGCCCCUCAAUGGUUGCCUUACCUGGUGAUCCUCACUAGAAGGGGUGCCAACUGCGUGAAAACUGAUGCCUGAGCAUGGAAAAUGCCAUAAUUCAGCUGCACCAAGAACUAACUGGGAAGUUGCAACUCUUUUACCAAGAAAUCCCAGAGGAGGGGUGAAUGCAGUUGGGCUGAAUUCAUAUCCAGGCUCCCACUUAAGAGUCUGAUUAGCACAGAAACCUCUGUGUCCCACCCUGUCUCAUUCAAGUGCCAUUGUGGCUACAGCAGAGCUACCUUUUUCUCAUCUUGAUUCAGACAUCGAUUCUUCCUCCCUACUAAAUACUGUUUCAGUUUUAUCUAACCUUUGAGCUCCUUCACCUUCCAAGGAUUACUAAAGUGGGGCAUGGCGAGAGCUGGUGUGAUCUAUCCCGCUGUGCCCUAAAAAGUCCCAAAGAGUACCAGGCCAUUAUUAUGAAAGCAGUAGGACAUUUUUUUUCUCUCUCUCUUUCCUCCACUCCUCCUCUUGCUGCAUGAAUUUUUCCUGAUUCCAGGAGCCUAAACCUCACUGGAGUUCUGAAUCACAGUUGCCUCAUUGAAGGCCUAAUUUUUUUUGGUCGGGGGAUGAAUUUUUUUCCAUAGUCUCUGUUAAUUAAUUUUUCUACUGGGAUACAUUUUAGGUUGCAAAUACCGACCUGUGAUUGUCAAACUUGUUUAAUAAAAGUGUGGAUUGGAA